AUGUCGGACAAUCUACCUCAAGAAGUGGUGUUUGAUAUCUUGGCAAGACUACUUGUCAAGUCCCUGUUACAAAUGAGGUGUGUAUGCAAAUCAUGGAACUCUCUAAUCAAUAGUCCAAAUUUCAUCACGUCACACACAAACCAAACUCUUGCAAACAACAACAAUGAAUUAGUACUACUUAGGCACCACACUGAUGGCAAAGAUCAGUUCACAGUGCAUUGCAAUAACAACACAUUCAAUGAGUGUACAACAUUUGAUUGCCCAUUUACAAACUGGACAAAGUAUUAUUUGAGGGUAGUGGGUUUGUGUGACGGGUUAGUGUGCUUGUCGUCUUAUGAUCAGACUACGAUUUUAUGGAACCCAUCAAUCAAGAGAUGUUUGAAUCUUCCAACACCUCACAUUACAUAUAAGUCUCACAGUUCUUAUACGUUUAUCCUUGGAUUCGGAUUUGAUUCCUUGACUAACGGUUUUAAGGUGGUGAGACUUGUAUAUUUUCACAAGAACUUUGGUUACAGGCUUCCGGUAGAGGUCGAUGUUUAUAUGCUUAGCAUAGGGACUUGGAGAACUGUUAAUACUGUUACCCCAUCAUAUAAUUUGAUGCAAUGCGUUUCCCAUGCUUUUGUGAACCGGGCAUGCCAUUGGAUUGGGUUUGAGGCAAUGACGAAGGAAAUAAGGUGCUAUUUGAUACUGUCAUUCAACAUCAGUACUGAAGUGUUUCAUGAGAUAAAGCUCCCGGAUUGUGUUGCUAAUGUGUUCAGACUAAUUGCAUCGGUUUGCAGUGUAUGA